GCAGUAUCGGUCUACCUAAAAGGGUUGUAGCUUGAUUACUGAUGACAUGACAAAGAGCUCUAAAUCCCGCCAAAGGCGCAAGAUGAGCUUGCGCUGACACAGACAACUGCAGCACUAUCACCAUAUACCACAAUCAGCCCUCUCCAGAGCCCAACCAUCAAGUCAUAGUCACGGCAAUGGCUAAGCCAGAAGACAUCCCCGAGAUGGAGUACCGCUUCCUGGGCCGCUCAGGUCUUCAGGUAUCUGCAAUCUCUCUCGGAGGAUGGUUGACAUAUGGUGGCCACAUUGAUAAAGAACGUACCUUUGAAUGCAUGAAGGCCGCCUAUGACUGCGGUGUCAACUUCUUCGACUGUGCCGAAGAAUACUCCAAUGGUGAAUCCGAGAUUGUGAUGGGUGAGGCUAUCAAGAAGUUCGGUUGGAAACGAAACGAUCUAGUAGUCUCUACCAAGCUCUACUGGGGAGGAGCGUUCGGAGACAACCCCGUCAACAACAAGGGACUUUCAAGAAAGCACAUUGUCGAGGGGAUUAACGGUGCUCUCAAGCGGUUGGAUCUCGAGUAUGUCGAUCUCAUUUACGCGCACAGGCCUGAUCGUCGAACGCCCAUGGAAGAGAUCGUUCGUGCGUUCAAUCAUAUUAUAGAUCAAGGAAAGGCGUUUUACUGGGGAACUUCGAUGUGGAAUGCCGAUGAGAUCGCACAGGCGUGGCGAUAUGCAGACAAACUGGGUCUGAUAGGCCCAAUUAUGGAGCAACCCGCUUAUAACAUGCUGGAUCGAGUCAAGGUCGAGCAGGAAUAUGCCCACUUGUAUCGUGAAGUUGGCCUUGGUCUGACUGUAUUCUCACCUAUGCGCCAAGGCAUCCUGUCUGGAAAAUACAGUGACGGCAUUCCUGGUGACUCUCGCUUCGCCAACGAAGAGAUCCAGUGGGUUAAUGGUUUCUGGAAGCAAACAGGGAAAGAUACCUGGACGGCUAUUAUUGAGCAGGUCAACCAACUGAAGCCUAUUGCGGACAGACUUGGUUUCAAACAGAGCCAGCUCGCCUUGGCCUGGGUACUCAGCAAUAAGAAUGUUAGCUCUGCUAUAACGGGCGCUAGCAGUCCUGAGCAGAUGUAUGAGAACGUCAGAGCUGUGGCUGUUGUCAAAAAGUUGACUCCAGAGAUUUUGAAGGAGAUUGAUGUGAUUCUUAACAACAAACCACCUGAGGUUGUGGAGCGGUUUUAAAUAACUCUACUUGGCCAAGGCGGUAAUACAUGCGAUGGUCGUACUCACAAAUUGGAACAUAUUAUUACUUAUAAGAAAUGAUUAAAUCUCAGCUGGGUCUAUCUAUGUAUGUACGUAGCGGCAGAGAGAUCAAACAGUAUCAACUCCCGGCGUAUG